CAUCUCUACUUGGUGACGCGGAGCUCGUCGGUAGAACAAAGCCCCCUCACCAGCGCUUUGUCACGGCCAGCUAAACAUUAGCCGUGUUGUGGGUUAUAAACCACCAAACAACCCCAAAUAAAAACGAUCAUACCGCGAGUUGCUUCGAUCUAGGUAACUUUUAAACGACUGAGUUGACUAUUUUCCUUGGAACUGUUUAUCCCUCCACGUUAACUACUCCACCGGUCACUUAGCUUAGCAUGCUAACGUGGCUAGUUGGUCGCCGUGGCAGGAAUUCGCUCACAAAUGGUCGCCAAUUUUUGUUUGUUCUUUUAUCUAGCAGCGAAACCGUCAAACUGUCUGUUUCCUUGACGCGCAGUUCUAGCUUCGUAAAUGCUAAACGGUGAGCCAUAUAUGAGUCCGUUUUUUCUCGACUUCUCGCUCGACGCAAAAUAGCUCUAAGUGUUCACAUCUCCUUGUCUCUUUGGGCUUGGGCACAUGGUUUACCCGCUCAUGGGAGCCGCUCACUUUGAUCAAUUAAAAUUGGAUCGAUGACACUGACACAGGGGUAUUCAUCUAAAAGUUCUCGGCUAUAGCGGCGUUCAAUUACAUUGCAUCAAACUAAGAUACGCUUAGAUUUUGUUCUUAUUAUGGUGAACAAACACUGCAAAAAAUGUACUGACAACUAGAAUUAAAUUUUAUGUGUUAACCGUGUGUCUAAGUCCUUUAUUUUACCACAGUUUUAGCGUGACGGGGAUCAGGGGGAGAUUUCCCCUUUAAAAAAGCUCUAGAUGGGGGCUUGCUAGUAUUGAUACGUAAUAAGUAUAGCUAACACCAGUUAAUAAAGUAAAAUGAACCUAAACACAUUCAGGUCAGCUUAUACACCUGGAGAUGUUAGAGUUCUCUUCAGGGCCCCUUCGAAUUUAGUUUCUAACCAAAACUGCAGUUUGACACUGUGUGGAGGCUUAGCACACGUUGCAAAUGAGGCCCCUGUGCCGUAUUAAUUAUCUUUUGGUGGCAGAUAUUUCAUUUUUUUUGUUCCACCCUGUUGCUUUGUGCAACAAUUAAUUAAUAAAAUUGUCCACAUCUUUGGCAUUUCAAGCCUCUCAACAGUAAAUGUUCUCCGUUUUAUGUUGUCCUCCGUGUUGACAUACUGAUUCUUUCUGUUUCAUCAAUACAUUUGCAAACAUUUGCUUUGGAAAAUAAUUGUCAACAUCCUUGCCUAUUUACUGACUUAAUGGACCAAAUUUGUAACUGAAUCAUAAUCAAUGUAUGUUGGUGCAGUGUCCACGCGCUGUAUGAAAAAAAUCUACUGUUUUUUAAUGAAGUAAUAAAAUUAAAUAUGUUUAUCCAAUUCAUAAUCUGUUACUAAAAAAUAACAGAUUACUUAUUAAAAUCAUGUAUUCAUUUCUAUUUUGUUUGAAAUGAUUUAAAGAAAUGUAACUACUGCUAUUUUUUUUCCGUCAGCGAAUGAUGAAGUGAUUCGAUGAACCGUUUCAGCCCCAAUUAAUGCACUUUUACAUUAGCAGACUCUUAAAAUGACUCUUAAAUGGGGUUGUCCCGAUCCGAUCUGAAAUUUGGGGAAAUCGCAGGAUUUUAAUCUGAUUGCGAUCGACUGAAAAAUAAUUGAUUUAAGAAUUUUCUUGAUUUCUAAAGUCAAAAUAACAUAUUUUAAUUGUUUACUUGAUGUAAGCCUCUGCUGAUUUACCGCUAUAUACAAAAGGUCUUGAUACUUUUCUUCAAAUUAAAUUCAAAUUAAGAUAAGAUUUGGUGGUAGGUUUCUGUUUCUUUGUCAUUGCAUUACAGAGGUAUUGGAUAGGGACUCGGUAUGGACAGAUACUCAAAAUCAAGUGACUGGGCUCAGACUCUGUUGCAGAGAAAUGUGAUUGGGACAUCCUUGUUAUUUAUAUGUGCAGAUACCAAAGAUUCUGAUUGGCAAAAUAUCCGCUAAUGUAUUACCUGUAUUAGAUUUAAUUAUCAGUAGCCCACAAUUGUCAAGAGUGUGGGUUGCCUAGCGACAAGUGACUUUGUGUUUCCCUUCCCCAAGCAUCCUUGACUGCUUUCAUUCAUCCCGGCAGCCUGAUAACGCAUUGAAUAGCGCCAAACUCGCUUAUUCUUGGAUACUUCAAGGCCGCGCAGAUGUGUGUGCACGCAGUGCAGCGUAGGCGGUCUCUGUAUGUGGGGGAAAAAGGCGGUGCCUCUCAAUAAGGCGUUAUUGUUGAUGUGAAGUUGUCCUCUGAUGCCACCUUUCCACCCUGAGGACAACAGCUAUUUUUGUGAUUCGUCACAUCCUCAUCAGCCGCCGCAUUUGACCACUGUACUUAUGCAGUCUGAUACCAGAAGUCGGCUCUUUGAGUUCUUGGCGCACGGUUUGAGACCUGGCAUGCCUCCAUCCAGCCGUAUGACCCCACAGGGACCCGCCAUGGGCCCCCCGGGCUAUGGCGGCAGCCCCGUGUCUCGCCCAGGGAUGCCUGGCGUGAUGGACCCGUCUCGUAAGAGGCCGGCCCCGCAGCAGAUCCAGCAGGUUCAGCAGCAGAGUCGCAACCAGCAUACAAAGAAAAAGAAGAUGGCCGAUAAAAUUCUACCUCAGAGGAUCAGGGAACUGGUCCCGGAGUCUCAGGCUUACAUGGAUCUACUUGCCUUUGAAAGGAAGCUGGACCAGACCAUCAUGCGCAAGAGGCUGGACAUCCAGGAGGCACUCAAGAGACCCAUUAAGCAAAAAAGAAAACUUCGUAUUUUCAUAUCAAACACCUUCAAUCCAGCGAAGCCUGACGCUGAGGAUGGUGAGGGCACUGUUGCAUCAUGGGAGCUCCGUGUGGAGGGACGUCUACUUGAAGAUACAGCCGUGUCCAAGUACGAAGCCACCAAGCAGAAGAGAAAGUUCUCUUCCUUCUUCAAGUCUCUGGUGAUUGAGUUGGACAAGGAUUUAUACGGUCCCGAUAAUCACCUUGUGGAAUGGCACAGGACCGCAACCACCCAGGAGACUGAUGGCUUUCAAGUUAAGAGACCCGGCGACGUGGGUGUUCGUUGCACUGUCCUGCUCAUGCUGGACUACCAGCCGCCGCAGUUCAAACUGGACCCCCGUUUGGCUCGCAUGCUGGGCAUCCACACCCAGACGCGACCUGUCAUCAUCCAGGCCCUGUGGCAGUACGUCAAGACUCACAAACUGCAGGACCCCCACGAGCGAGAGUUCAUCAACUGCGACAAGUACCUGCAGCAGAUCUUUGAGACCCAGAGGAUGAAGUUCUCUGAGAUCCCGCAGCGCUUGCAUGCGCUACUGAUGCCUCCCGAGCCCAUCAUCAUCAACCAUGUGAUCAGCGUGGACCCCAACGACCAAAAGAAGACGGCAUGCUACGACAUUGACGUGGAGGUGGACGACACGCUGAAGACUCAGAUGAACUCCUUCCUGCUGUCCACCGCUAGUCAGCAGGAAAUAGCAGGCUUGGACAACAAGAUCCACGAAACCAUCGAGACCAUCAACCACCUGAAGACCCAGAGAGAGUUCAUGCUCAGCUUCGCCCGAGAUCCUCAGGGCUUCAUCAAUGACUGGCUGCAGUCGCAGUGCAGGGACCUCAAGACCAUGACAGACGUGGUGAGCAACCCUGAGGAAGAGAGGCGGGCCGAGUUCUAUUACCAGCCAUGGGCUCAGGAGGCCGUGUGCCGUUACUUCUACUCCAAGGUGCAGCAGAGGCGACAGGAACUGGAGCAGGCGCUCGGAAUCAGGAACACUUGAAGUAAUUGAUUGGAGAAUGUUGACUUUGUUUAAGUUCCCAUUUUAUUUCUUCUUGUUGAGCACAAAUUUUCAAUUUAACGCCCCCCGCCCCCAAGUCUUUACCGCCUAAAAUUCCUGCCCUCAUGACACAAAGUGCCAACGUGAACCCGCGCGCGGAUACACACACGAUCUUAAACUUUUUUUUAAAACUACUCGGCCCAUUGGCUUCUACAUUCUAAAACAAACAAAGACGUCCUGUACCUAAUCACUCUUCUUUUUUUUUUUGUCCAGCUGCCAUGUAGUUCUUUCUUUCUUUUUUUAUAAUUAAUCCUUGUUUAUUAACUUUCUGAAAUAUCCGUACGUACAAGUCUUGUUAGCUAGUACAAAUGAUGACCAAGGAAGUAGCUGGUUAGCUGUACCUCUAGCCCAAAUAGGUUUUUACUUACUGAGCAGAAGAAAGACAGAUGUGAAGUCAAGUUGUACCUCUUUAAUCAUUCAGAUGUUUUUUUCCUUCUUUGCUUAUGCUCAGUUCGUAGAUUCUGUAUUUAUAAUAAGAAUAAGAACAGUCAGUGGUGGUUAUAAAAGUGCAGCGAAGCCACAAAUAUGUUGCAAAGUUGAUUGAGGUGAUAAAAUUAUCUCUUUGGUUAUGUGUGGCAUGAACACUGAAUUAUUUGAAGCUUUUUGAUGGACCAAAAUUAUUUUUCUGUAUGUUCUUAUGUCAUAAUAAAGCAUAUGUAAAUCUUA